AGAGAUCACAACAUUCUCACGGCUUGCAUCAGAUGCAAUGACCUUUUCUGAUGUUUCUAAUUUAUUUUAAUCAAACAUCGGACCGGAAAGCAAUAACAUUCUCAUAUUGUGUUAUAGAUUGAUUUAAUAAGAAAACGAUUACCUCUUUUUGCGAGUCACUAAAUGAGUGAGUAACACGUCAACACUGAUUGGUUGAAACAGGCGGAUGUGACGUUCCUUGCCGACCAAUCACCAGAGACCUAUCCGUUUUAUUGGCUUGACUUGAUAAAGUUUUGGCAGUGGUGUGUUUGCCGUUGUGUCACAGCACAUUACGAGCUUAGGUUGUUUGCUGAGUGGUCAGGUAGAAACGGCAAGCAUCAAAGGAAUUCUUUCCGCAAUCGUCAGGGGAUAUAUACCAAUCUUCGAAUGCACUGCAGAUACUGAACUGCAAAUCGUAUCAACUAUAAUAAACUUUUGUCAACAAAAUAACGAGUACCAACUGUAGCUAUGAAAGACAACUAAACAGAACUUUCUUCAGAAACAAAACGAUUUUAUCUGUGCAGAUUUUAAUUUUGUGAGACCUUUAAAGGAUAUAACAAUGGAGUGUAACCUAAAAGAAAGAGAGAUCGGAUGUUACAAAACCAGAAUGAAUAUAUCUUAUCGAUGUUUUGUGAUCUUCAGCGUGUUUUGGUUGAUAUCAAUACCGAACAAGACAGAUGCUACAUGGAUGUGGUUAGGAGCAGCAUCUCUAGGAGCUACAAUGGUUGGUCAUGACACCAUUCCAGACCAGUCUGUUACUCAACCACCAUCAAUCAAUAAUAUCUUAGUCGAUCCUGAUACACUAUGUCAAAGGUUUCCAGGACUCACUAUUGAACAGCGGAGAGUAUGUUCUACCACGCCUGAUAUCAUCAACAUGAUUAGUGAAGGAGCUAAAGUUGGGAUUAUUGAAUGUCAACGUCAAUUUAGCACUGAGAGAUGGAACUGCUCGGUUAUUGGUGACGUAAACAAUCCGUUUGGAGAGAUUAUGAAUACAGGCAACAAAGAGACUGCAUUUAUCUACGCUAUCACAUCAGCAGGAGUAGUAUACUCUGUAACAAGAUCGUGUAGUGUUGGUAAUCUUACAGAGUGUGGAUGUGCAUCACCUCACGGUCGUCCUAGUGAUGAUGUCGUGGGUGAAGAUGAAGAAUGGAAAUGGGGAGGAUGUACAGAUGACGUCGAUUAUGGAAUAAAAUUAGCUAGGAAGUUUGUUGACGCUGCCGAUGAAGACGCAUCAUCGUCGCCUUCGCCCCCACCGUCUUCAGCUAAGGGUCGUACAUUGACUAUCAAGCCUGGUGUACAUGAAAUGAAUCUACAUAACAACGAAGCUGGCAGACAGCUUAUCAAGUCAGGAAUGAAGACUCUUUGUCGAUGCCAUGGUGUUUCAGCAUCUUGUUCAUUAAAGACAUGUUGGAGGGCGAUGCCAAGCUUCAAGGAGAUCGGUGAUCUCGCUAAGAGUCGUUAUCGUGAAGGUGUCGAAGUCAUCAUCAGAACAAAGAAGCAUACUCGACUUCGUCGUAAAGACAAACGAAUGAGACGCGAAGAGAUUGGAUCAGAUGAACUAGUCUUUAUGCAGAGAUCACCAAACUACUGUCGUACUAAUCGUGAUCUUGGUAUCGUAGGAACAACAGGACGAGAAUGUAAUCGAACAUCUACUGGAUCUGAUAGUUGUGAUCUUUUGUGCUGUGGACGGGGUUAUAACACUCAAGUUAUCAGAAGAGUCGAAAGGUGUGAUUGUAAAUUUAUCUGGUGUUGCAAAGUUAAGUGUCGAGUCUGUGAAACUGUCACUGAUGUCUACACUUGUAAAUGAAUAACAAAAUCCAUGGCUUAGUCAGUUUGUGUUCUGACUCGUGUACACUGAAGAUGACAGACUCUGCAUUAGACUCGACUAUCUCGAGAAAAGGACAUGUUAGAAAACCAAAUGGAAUCGGUGGACGGAACAUGAAAUAUUCCAAAUAGCACCAUCUGCUUGGAAAAUAGACA